UCCAAAUCAGCAAUGGCACUAAGAUUUCUAUUCUCAAUCUUAACCCUCUCAUUAGUCAUGUUAGGAUUAGCAAAUUGUUCAAAUGCUGGCAAAAUUGUAAUCUAUUGGGGCCAAAAUGGUAAUGAAGGCUCGUUAGCCGAAACUUGUGCCACAAGAAACUAUGAAUAUGUGAUCAUAGCUUUCUUACCAACCUUUAUCCCAACCCAAAAUCCCAUGAUUAACCUAGCUGGUCAUUGUAAUCCACAGAGUGCUAAUGGAUGCAUGGCCCUAUCCUCUGACAUCAAAUUCUGUCAAUCCAAAGGAAUCAAAGUAUUGCUCUCUUUGAGAGGAGAUAAAGGUAGCUACCCACUUGAAUCCACUCAAGAAGCAAGCCUUGUAGCCACUUACCUUUGGAAUAACUUCUUAGGCGGAAACUCUUCCUCUCGCCCUCUCGGUCCUGCUGUUCUCGAUGGCAUUGACUUUGAUAUCGAAGGAGGUUCGUCAAACCAACAUUGGGGCGACCUUGCAAGGUAUCUUAAAGGGUAUAAUGGCAAAAAAGUUUACAUAACUGCAGCUCCUCAGUGUCCAUUUCCUGAUGCUUGGUUGGGAAAUGCACUUACAACGGGACUUUUUGAUUUUGUUUGGGUACAAUUCUACAAUAACCCUUCUUGUCAAUACAAUUCCGAUGAAUUUAACAAUUUCGAACAAGCAUGGAAGCAAUGGACAUUAGAUAUACCUGCUAAGAAGAUAUUUUUGGGGCUACCGGCUUCUCUAGAGGCAGCAGGGAGUGGAUAUAUACCUGUUGGUAAUCUUACUUCCAUUGUGCUUCCCGCUAUAAAGGGUUCUUCUAAAUAUGGUGGUGUUAUGUUGUGGUCUAGAUACUAUGAUGUUUUGAGUGGUUAUAGUUCUUCCAUUAAGAGCUAUGUUUGAAAUCUAGUUGCUUGUUC